AACAGUCGCUAUACCAACACCCCGUCGCACACCACCCCAUGUGUGAACAGUGCUCUUCCCGCUGCUCAACUCUAAACCCACCGAAACGAAAGUGACGUUCAUUGGGGUUGGAGUGUUAACGGCGGAGGGGAUGAAUGAUGGUGGUAGCACUGAAGAGGGGUGCCGAGAGAAAGACGGGGACGUCAGCUCAGGAUCUGUGGCACUCGUCCGAGUCCAUUCAAUAGGGACAUUCGUCGGACGCAGCCGGUAUAGUACCGGGAUUUUCAAACGUCGUUUUUCCUGUCGUCUUAUAAUAUAAUACUAAUAUCAACAUUAAUAUUGUAAAAUAUUCGGACAGCCGACCGGCGAUUGACUUCCAUACUUUGACUCCGGACUAUAUAAUAUAUAUUAUUAGGUAUACCGAUUAGAUUCUAGUAAGUAGUAUCACGAUCAUGCAGUCUUCAGAUAUCUGCAUGUUUUACUUGCGAGGCGCUUGCAGGUUUGGCAGUAAGUGUUGGAACUCCCACGACUUGACACGCCGAUCGCCGAGGGCUCUAUCACUUGCAGCAGUUGCAAAUUUUGGACUUUGAUUUAUAUAGCGGCUGCUUAUUACGAACAAGAAAAUCCAAUAAUGUCUCCAAUUACUAAUACUAGUACCAGUACCAGUGCCAGUUCCAGUACCAGUGCCAGUUCCAGUGCCAGUACUAGUACCAGUGCCAGUUCCAGUACCAGUACUAAUGCCAGCGCCAGUACUAGUGGAAAAUCUAUGCAAGAGCAACCAAAAGGACUGCAACUUCUUCUUGAAGCCUCUAUGCAACCAAUAUUAAAACAGUCUGACGAUUCUGGAAUAGAAAUAGAAAAAGCGGCGGCCGAACUUUCUGUGGCAAUGAAAUCAGGAAAUGGCAAAAGCGUAAAAGAGACUGCAAGUAAAUUGCAUGCACUUCAUCAAAAAAAGAAAAAAGAAAGUACUGAAAAUGAUAAUUCUGCAUGGAAUGAUAUUAUACGGAGUGCUAUUGACAAUGAUUUACAGUGCAAUGUUUGUUUUGAAAUAUUUAUUAAGCCAACAGUGCUUAAUUGUUCACACACAUUUUGUGAAUCGUGCAUUCAUGUUUGGACCAAGCGUAACAAAAAAUGUCCAAUUUGUCGUGUGCAUAUUAAAUCAAAAUCAUAUUGUUUGACUUUGGAUAGCUUCAUAGAGAAGAUCGUUGAACAGUUGCCAAAGGAAGUUAAACAUAAGCGUGGAGUAGCUAUAAAAGACCGCAAUAAUAAGAUGAAACUUGAAAAACCACGACCGAAUAGAGCAUUCAGAGGUUUUGAUCUUGAAUCGAACGGUAUAGAUCUUGUCGCAUUAUUGGGUUUGGAUGAUACGAUGGACGAUGACACACCACGAUUCUUCCCGAUGGACGACGACGACGACGACGACGACGGCGGCGACGAUGAUAUUGAUGAAGACGUUAUUAUCGAGGAAUCGGAAAUGUUCAGAAGGAAUUUACAUGAUACAGUUGUAAACACUAGAGGUGUAAACCCUCUAAUGAGUUAUAUUGUUGGAAACGAAGAACAACCAUCAAGUAGAUCCGGAACUCGGCCACAUAACUCUUCCGCUCGGCACUAAAUUGAGCCAUUUAAUAUUUUCAUAAUAAUUAUGAUCAUUAACAAUUAUUGUUUUAUUUUAUUAUUAAGAAUUAUUUAUAGGUACCUGCACAUUAAAAGAAUAAAUAAUAAAAUUU